AAACAACUGUUUCUCAUGAUUCCUUACUAUUAUCUAAAGCAUCAAGAGAAAAUGCUAUGUGGAAACAUUUUUAUAAAAAACCUCUAAAUACACCUAAUCACAAUGUUUAUAAAAACUGUAUUCCUGAAAAAAAAUACAAAUUAACAACUAGUAUAUUAACUUUAAGGUCUCAUCUUUUAAUAGAACAUAAAUUAAAAGUUUCUACAAACAAACAUAGUCAACAAGCUGCAAAGAAAAUAAUUUCAUUUGAUUUACAGACCUAA